AAAGUAGAAUACUGAGAGACUGAGAAGAAACGGUGAAAAAGAGGAUAAAGGCUGGUUUGAACAUCUUUCAGCUUGAUAAUAUAACUGCAGAAGAAUGUGUGAGGCAAACAGUGAAACAAUUGAACUGGCCACUCUUGGACGACCCUUUAGACUUGGCAUGCUGUAUGACUGUCGCAGUGAUACACUUAUUCCAGCUGUUACAUUAUGGGACCCAAAGAAGCUGAAUGAAUUUGUUGAUAGGCGUCCACAGCAUAACACCGAUUUUCAUAUUUUGACUUCUGACUCAUAUAAUAAGAAAGCAUCUUCCAUGCACUUAUCACCUGCAGUGACCGUAAGCUUGCUGGGUGGUAUGAUCAAUGUAAAAGGUUCUGCCAAUUUCUUCCAAGACAAAAUGACUUCCAAGAACCAAGCCCGUGUGACAAUGAUGUACCGUACCACAACAAAAUUUGAGCAGUUAACUAUGGAACAGUUAGGACACGUUGACUAUUCGUACGUUAUUGAAGAUGGCACAGCAACUCAUGUUGUUACUGGCAUCCUUUUUGGUGCUCAAGCAUUUUUUAUUUUUGAUCGUAAAGUUUCUACUGAUGAAAAAAAGGAUACAAUUCAAGGAAGCCUUGAGGUCUGUGUCAAUCUGGGGCCAAUGUCAUGCGGUGGAGGAGGAAGUACAUCUGUGGAGUUAAAAAAUGAAAACACGCAUAACAUACAAAUGCAAGAUAUAAAAUGUACCUUCUACGGAGAUUUUAAAUUAGGCUAUAAUCCUGUGUCAUUUGUAGAGGCCAUGGAGGUUUAUAAGAAACUUCCAGAAUUGUUAGGGCCUAAAGAAGAAAAUGCUGUACCAGUAAGAGCAUGGUUGUAUCCGCUAAAGCUACUCGACAGCAAGGCUGCUAAGAUCGUACAUGAAAUAAGUGUAGAUUUGGUGCAUUGGUCACAAGAUGUCCUGGAACAGCUGACUAGUUAUGAGAUGAGAUGCAAUGAUUUAAUGAAAGAUCCCAUGGCUGCCCAAUUUAAAGUAUUAAAGAAGAAAGUAAAAUGUUUCAAAGAUCAGUGUCAUGUUUACAAACUGAUGUUCCAGAAAGCCCUGGCAUUUACAUUACCUUCAAUUCGUGGGGGUAUACUUCCAGAAUCCUACCUAAAAAGCAUCUUAAAGAGCAUAGAGCAGUCUCCAUUUAACAGCUGCUACCUUGAUUCAUGGCUUGAUGACAAAGAGGCAGAGAUGAAUGUGGUGAGAGCUUAUCUCAAAAUGAUGAACGACAUGAAAGUGCUGCCUAAAAAGAGUGAUCUGGAAGAAAUUGUCCUUGAUCCUAUGAAUGAAUAUGCAAUUUGUUUCUCCUUCACAUCACUUCAUCUGGAAGAUCCUUUCCUGACCUGUCUUUCUAGAUAUCUUCAAGGCCAUCCUUUCAAAGAAGAACCACAAAACAAUGAAUCAAGCUCAUAUGAGCAAUCUAAGGAAACCUGGUAUAACUCCCCUUCUUUGACUCAAAGAGUGAGGGCAUAUGCUAAACGAUUCCUAGAAUUUGCAGCUGUAAACGUCUCUUGCCAGAAAACUAAAUUUUUUAUUUCUUAUGAUACAAGUAACACAGCUCCAGAAGGUGCUUCUAUCUUCUUUUAUGAAGAAGGAGUAUUGAAAACAAUGACUUUCAACCCACCUUCAAAACCUGAUACCCCUGAAAUACUUAGUAUAACCCAUAAUAGUGUGAGUCUGAAGCUAAAACCACCAAAACAUGGGACAGAAUAUCUAGAAAAAUAUGAAAUAGAAUACAAAGACAAUCAAGGGAGAGGGUCAUCAUGCUAUGUAUCAGGUCAGUCUACUGAUUGCAUAGUGACUGGUUUGCAUCCUAACACCAUAUACCAGUUUCAGUAUAAAGCAGUCUGUAAACCAGGCUGUAGUGUGACAAGUGAAAGGGUUGAAAAUAUUCGGACAUUGCCAUUAAGUCCCCCAUUUCAGCUUUCUGCAUGUGAGGUAGGCCCAGAUGGUUUUCAACUUACUUGGGAAGCACCGAAAGAAAUUGCUGAUGAUGUCUCACUUAAGGGGUAUAAUAUUCAAUAUGCUGAAGAAAAAGGUAGCCCUUCUCAAGACACUGACAAAGAAGUAGUGUGGACUGAAGUAAAAACAAAGACCCUUUGCAAGUUUGAUGUCAGAAAAACAAAGCCUGAUACUGUAUACAGAGUUAGGAUAUUUGCUAAUGCUGGAAAAAAGGGCUUAAGUCUUCCCAGUGAAGAAAUAAUAGUAAAGACUUUUGAAGACUGGAGCAUAGACGAAAUGCGCAGAAAAUAUACAUAUGUAAGUAGUGUUACGAGGAAAGAAGAACCCUCCAUUUACCAACUUCCAUCAGAAGUCAAGAUUAUAGAUAAGGAAAAGAAUCUUAAAAAAUGCGUUUUUGGAAAAAGUGAUGCAAAUCACUAUAAAAAGACAAUUCUGUUUAUAGGGGCAAUAGGUUCAGGAAAGACAACAUUAGUUGAUGCAAUGGUCAACUACAUCCUUGGAGUCAAGUGGGAAGAUAGCUUUCGAUUCCAGCUAACAGCACAAAAUGGUGAUUCAACACAUGAUGUUACAGUGUAUGAGAUCAAUUAUCAGAAUGGGUUCAAAAUCCCCUACUGUCUUUCAAUAAUAGACACACCAGGAUUUGGGGAGUGGCAUUUAAGAGGACAAAUGAUAACAGAACAAGUGCGUAGUAUCUUUAAAAUGCAGGAAGGGGUUGAGUGCCUUGAUGCAAUAUGUUACGUCCUACCAGCAUCUGAGAAUACUAGCUGUGAAUAUCUUUUUUGUUCCCCACUUUUUGAAAUGGUGGGUCAAGAUGAUGAGCUUUCACAGUGCUCUCUAUUUAAUGCUCAUUUGGUGGAUAAUGCUUUGUUUUUAUUUACAUUUGCAGAUACAGAUGCUUAUACGAUUAUUAAAGAAAAGUCAUUUCUACAAAUGAGAUGUCAGGAAAGAGAUGACAGUCUUGCUCAUGCUGCUUUUAACAACAGCGUUUUAUUUGAAGAAACCCCUUUCACUGGGGACGCUGCUAAUAAAAAUGAAGCAGCAGGUAAAAGAGAUGUGUGGAGCAAAAACUGGAAUAACAUGGCAACAUUUUUUAAUCAUUUAAAUAAUACAGAAGGCCAGAAGUGUUGUAAUGUUAAGAAUGAUAAAAUGGGGCAAGUUACACCUGGGAACAUUGCUGAAAUGGAAAUGCCCUGAUGUCAAACACUCUCAGUUACAGUGCUCAAGUUGAUAUACCUACUUUCCCUAAAGGUAUUCUCUUCUGCUAAUUCAUUCACAUGUAAUAAAUGGGUGAAAUCUGCAGACACAUUUAUGAAUUCCAACACUCCUAGCUCUCAUGCAACACAUCACACUCUGUUGUUCUGCAUUCUCCAUAUGAAUGAUUCAUUCUAUAGAGUUCUGCUGGUUCUGGAAGUGCAAUGCCUAAUGGGUUAACAAGGUGAUGGUCUUAAAUCACUGGAUAUAUGACAAAUUGAUCAUUAAUGUUUUUGUGUUAGCUGUAGCUAAGUACUAUGCUAAUCUAGAGUAUAUAGUUCA